AUGCCAGUAGGUUUAGGUUCACAGCAAGUAACCAUUGCUGGCGCACAGACACAAAUAGGCGGACAAAUGCCGCUGCAGCAAAUGUCCGGCGGAACUAUGCAACAGACGACGGGCGCCAACAUAUCGUCUAUCCCUCUGAACUCACUGUCCAGUGGUAUGGGUUCGGCACCAAUGAAUGUGGGUGGACAACAGCCCCAGCAGAAUGUCAACCAGAAUGUACUCCUAAACCAAGCCCUGGGACCGCCUAAUAGUUCACAAAAAAACACAUUCAUUCCCAGCAAUCUUCAGGCUUUGGUCCAAAACACUGGACCGCAAAUGCCUCCAACGCCACAACAACCGCCCAAUCCUACCGGUGCCCAAUCCAAUCAACAGUUCGGUCUAAUGCAGAAUCCCAUACAGACGCCAACAACACAACUGCAGCAACAGAACCGAUCGGCCAAUGUGUGGGACAACCAGGGAUUGCUUGACUUCUAA